AUGGUUGGCCGCACCGUGCGAUAUUGUGCUGGCAUUCCCAUGCAGAGAGCUGAUCACAGGUGGCGGCCCGGAAGCUGCGGCGUCACGGCCGCGGGCGCAGACACAGGCGACACCUGCGCCGCCUUCCGGCAGCUGCUGUCUCAUCCGGGAGGAACGGCGGCGGCGGCGGCGGCACGCGUCCUCGCGAGGCGGCCGCCGACCGACCCAAUGAGGCGAGGGCCCGAGUUCCGCCCACCAAUAGCCGCACGCGAUGCCCUACCGCCGACUGCGCGCGCACGCCACGGGCGCGCCAAUUGGCUGGUGGCAAGCCACGCCCCCCGCGGCCUAGUACCCGACUGCCGACGAGCUAUAGCCGGUCAGACGCCGUCGGAGCCGCGGCGUGAGCGGAUGGUGCCCGAGGCACUGAGUCGCCGCUCAGCGUCCGCGGGCAUGCCGCGCGGCUUCCUGGUACGCAGGCACGACCACGGCCAGCUGCAGCCGCACAGGCCGUCGGCCAUGGAUGACGUCGCCGUGUACGGCUUCUCACCGCUCAGUUCGUUGGUGGAGCGGCUCGGCUUCGAGCACCGGCCGCCGCCCUACUACCUGGCGGCCUACUCGGAGCCGCUGGUCGUGACGCCGACGCCGCUCGACCUCUCGCUCAAGCCGGCGCUGACGCCAAUCACGCCGCCAUCCACUCCGUCGCCUAGCUCGCCAGUGCGCAAGAGGCUACACUCGGACGACGCGCCGAAACAGCAGCAGCAGCAGUCGACGCCGAGCAAGGCCAAGACCGCGCCGGCCACGCCGAAGAAGACCAAGGCGGUGCGCCGGCUCACCUUCGACGAGGACAAGACGUCGCCCGUGUCGGGCACCAUCAUCCGCGAGCUGCGCGACGACGAGGCGCCGUUGGUGGUGCGCAAGGGCGACAUCGACCCCGCCUUCAACGUGGUCGAGAUCACCGAGGAGGCCAAGGCGGAGCUGGCCAAGAUCGAGAACCGCAUCGGCGACUACAUCUGCCGGCUGUGCCGCGAGAUGUACGAAGACGCGUUCGGGCUGGCACAGCACCGCUGCUCGCGCAUCGUGCACGUCGAGUACCGCUGCCCCGAGUGCGACAAGGUGUUCAAUUGCCCCGCCAACCUGGCGUCGCACCGCCGCUGGCACAAGCCGCGGCCGGCGGGCGGCGCCCUCGACCUGGUGGUCAAGAAGCCGGCGCCCGGCCCCGCCUCCUCGGAGGACGCCGGUGAGGACGGAGGCGACGUCUUCCCGUGCCCCGCCUGCCAGAAGCGCUUCCGCCGCCAGGCCUACCUGCGCAAACACCUCGCCACGCACGAGCAGACGGCGUCCGCCCCCGCGCCACCUCCGCCCCCGUGA